UUGGUGCAAUAAAGACGUGCAACAAGUGAAAUAUUUUUCUCUAAUGUACGAUUAAACGUUUAUUGUUGAUCAAACUGCUGAAACUGGAAGAAGUGAAAAAUAUUUUUGAAAAAAAUCCCCAUUACCUGGGAAAUGUAAUACAGUACAGACGCGGUUUUAGUUUGUGAUUGCGAAAACAAAAAAAAGAAACAAAUAUAUCGGAGGACUAUAUAUUUAUAUUGAUAACGGAAAGUGCAAAAAGGCAUUUAAUAAAUGUUGUUGUUGUUGGUGGUGUUUUGUUUGCAAGUGCAAAAGUGGUAAACCACAUAACUCACUGUGAGUGAUAAAAGGAAAUGCUUAAUUAAUUUAUAAAACUUAACAAAGAUAAAACACUAACAGGAAAUUUAAUAAGAUUCCAGCUAGAAAUUAAAUUGUUUAUGAAAUUUAUAUACAAAUGUAUGUUUGUAGAUUAAAACACAAAUCUAAUUGAAGCUGUGAGCAGCGGAAAAAGUACCACUUCAAACGACAGCGACCCCACUAAAUGGUGUUAUCAGAGACGAACGGUGACAGUGGGUCAGAGAGUGUGGAAUAAGAAAGACAUGAAAUCACUGUAUUCCGAAGCAAAACAACAUUUAAGCAAUUGUAUGCCGGCAUCGUCCACUUCUAAUGCGAAUACAAAUGAUAAACAUGAACUUGGACAUGAAUACAAUUAUGACAGCGCAAAUGGAGAUGUGUUUAGCGCAGACGAUGAGUGUGUUAGUGGCAGUGAUGGUGGCAUCGGUGCUGGGGAUCACGAUCAUGAAACGAUGACAUGCAGAGACAAUACAUUAAAUUGUCAUCGUAGACAUUCACAGACAACAACGCCCCCCACAAUAGGGCUUAACAAUAAUUUCAUUACAAAUGCCACAACGUAUGACACGCUGCAGAAACCAUUUAAAUAUGAUAAACUAAGAGGUCGAUGGUCAACGGCCGCUGACUUUUAUUUUGCCUGUACUAGUCAUGCAUUUGGAACAAUUGUAUUUUCCGAAUUAACACUAUUCGUAUCGUCGUUUUUGGGAGGAUACGGUUUAAUACCCUAUUUACUCGGCAUCCUUUUAUAUGCCAUACCAAUAUUUGGUGUACAAACAUUUCUGGGACAAUUCUCAUCAUCGGGUACCAUAACGGUAUUUCGAGUAGCACCUAUUUUUAAAGGCAUAGGUUAUUCCAUUUUACUACAUAAUCUUGCAUCAUUGUCUUACUAUGCCAUCAUUGCUGCAGUUCCUUUAGUCUAUGCUGCCAAUUCAUUACAUUCUGUGAUACCAUGGAUGAGUUGUAAUAACACAUGGAACACUGUCAACUGUUCAACUCAUGACUUUUAUGAUGAAGAUGAGGAAGAGUUAUUUCCUCAUGCCACUGUGGAGUUUUUUCGCUCCAUUAUACGUUCGGAUGAUAAUUCACCGAAUCCCUUAUCGAUCUCUUGGCCCAUUUUAUGUGCAGUUAUUGGUAUUUGGUUACUAACUAUGUUGGUACUUUUAAAAAGAGUUACUUUUAUAGGAAAAUUCCUUCGCUGUUUAUGUCUCCUUAUGAUGACAUUCUUUUUUGCCAUCUUUACACAUUUACUUAUGUAUGUUGGUUUUACGUGGGAACAUUUUUUGGAUUAUUUAAAACCCUACGUCUAUACAAACCAUCACUCCGCCAUUUGGGCUGGUAUGAGAGCAGCUAUUAUAAUGCCCAUGUGGCUUUUGGGUCCUGGCUGUGGCAGCGUUUUACAAUUGGCCAGUCAUAAUCGUUUCCGUCAUGACAGUGAGAAAACUACAUACUGGACUGCCUUUACAUUUCUCAUUAUGACUCAAAUGGCAGCGCUAUGUUCUCACAUAGCUUUUGAUCAUUUCGAGGACCAUGUUGCAAUACUACAUGACCAAGUUGAGGAGCAACACAAUAUGCGUUUCAUAUACAUCUGCUACGCCUAUCUAUUCGGCAGCUUCGUCAGUCUACCAAAUCUGUGGAGUUUUCUCUUUUUUGCCAUGUUAUUUUUUGCAGAACUUUCGGCUGUGAUAAUUCAAAUGAUGACCGUUUUAACGGCUAUAUUUGAUGAAUUUGAAAAAUUGCGAACGAAGAAAACAAGUAUUACAAUUGGACUGGUUUUAGUAAUGCUUUUAAUUUCAGUAUACUUUUGUACAAAGCAAGGUUUUGAACACCUCCAUCUACUCCCAGACAUUGUAGCUGUCACACACUUGACAAUUUCCAUACUCCUAAUUGUUAUUACGACUUGGAUAUAUGGUCGUGAGCGUUUUCAGUGUGAUCUGCAAUUUAUGUUGGGCAAAACGAUAUCAAAUUUUAAAAUUAACAUACUAUUGCGUUUUGUUACACCCUUCUUUAUAGGCUGUGGCAUUGCACAAAUUAUCUUCUUCACCAACGAUCCGCCCUCUGUCCUUAUUUUGUUGACACAAAGUUUUGUUUACAUUGUUGUGCCGCUGUAUAUGAUCUAUAAAAUUACUCAGACCACGGGUUCGUUCAAGCAGCGUAUUCGUCAGUGUUUUGCGCCUCACGACUGGCAUCCCGUCGAUGCUGACAAUCGCCGUUUUUAUGAGGAGAUAAUGGGCACCUCUGAAAUGCUCGUCAUUUUGAAUAAUGAGCAUCAAAUUUGUUGAUAAUUUUAAAAUAUUUAUGAGAUACGAGAUAUGAAAUUAUGAAUAAUGAAAACAAAAUAUGUUUUUUUAGUGAUAAGUUUGAAAAAAACAGAAAUUAUAAUAGAAAUUAUUUAUUCAAACAAAGUCGAACAUUUUCAAUACGCUACAGAGCAAGAUUUGCGCUUCAAUCUAAGUAGAGUUAAAUGAAAUCGCUCGAUUUCAUCACUGAAUUUAUAGUUGAAUAAUUUCGAACGAUUCGAAAAUUAGUUCCUAUAUUUUAAAUAGAUCAUCAGUCCAUAAAUAUAUUUACCGUGCAUUUAACAAUAUUUUGAAUUAUUUUCGAAUAAAAUGUGAACUUGAAUGUAGGGGUCUGAUUAAGAUUCUUAAACGUUUUCGAAACUAUGACAACUUUAAAUAACUCUUUCCACUAGACGAAGACUAUUUAAUCAAUGAAAUUAAAAUUAAUGAAAUAAUAAUUUAAUACUCAACUAUAAUAACAAAAAAUUAUAUUGUAUUUGUAAAAAAUAUUUAACUGUUAUAUAUAGCAAUUAUGGAACAAUUUUUAUACUCUGUUUGUCAUAUAAAUUAAUUUGUUAUUUAAAAAAAAUAUAUAAAUGUUUAUAAAAUAAAUAAUUAUAAUGAAAAACGAAUUAAAUACCAAUUCA